AUGUUUUCCAAGUAUCAGCAGAUUGUUCCUCUCAUGGCGCUGUUUAGUGCUGUCCAAGCCCAAUAUCCGCCCUUCUCCCUCUGCACUGCCGCAGGAUGCGAUGACUGUCCCCAAACUGUGACCAGCGGGGGCACUGGCUAUCCACAAUGCGUAGUAUAUGAUUCGGAGACUGUCUUCGCUUCCGGGGAUUUUGCUGCUGCUGCCUCUGGUGGUUAUACAGUCUUCUUUGACAUCGCUCAGCCAAAUGAGCACUGCGCCACUAUCGUCAAGUCUCCUGCCGAUACUAGCGUCCAAGGCUGCGGUACUACUAUUGGAACUUUCCAAAAUGCCGCUUGUGUGAGCCUUAAUCUAAAGGAGACCUUUAUGGUACAGUUCUGCUGUGGGUCAGGCGAUUGUUCUGCGGCCGGCGUCUCAGUUCCCGGUGGUCUGAAGCGUGACCUUGUCUAUCGCAUUCCGUCUGCUGAGGCUGGCGGCCUGUCCGCGGCUAUGCUGAUGUUCCAGAAUGGUACUGUCAUUCCUCCUGCUAAGGCAGGACCCCUGCCCCUUGAUACAGGGCUUCUAAAGCGAGCUGAUUGUUCGUACACCGCCGACGGAGAGCCUUACACAAGACCUGCCGACAACACUCAGGUUGUGUCUGUCAAAUCUGCAACUGGUCCCGCCAACCUUGAAGUUUCCAAAUCACGUACCCAGGAGUGGAGCACUUCUAUCUCGGCCGGCGUGGACAUCUUUGAGAUCGUUAGUGCUAGCGUUGGCUUCGAGUUCUCCAAGAGUGUUACAGACAGCGAUUCAUUCACUUUCCCUGUUCCCUCUGGACAAACAGGCCGCGUCGGUUUCACUGCAAAUCUUCGUUGCACCAAAGGAACUAUCUCUUGCUCCGACGGCUCUAGUUAUUAUGGUGAGACAUGUUCGCCUAUCAAGACCAGCGGCGAGAUUGAUGGUACUUAUGCUAUCAUUGUGUCGGCUUAG